AACAAUCUUCAGCUUCAUACCAACGAGUUUGCAAACCUCACUGUUCAACCACACAUACCUCUCUACAACGCAAGUUACCAACUUCACGCAAACACAACAUGCCUCGCGCCGUAGCACCCCCACCAUCUGGCGAGUUCCAAAUCCUCCUCAGCAAGCCCUUCUCUGGCGCACCAACACACAUGAUCGAAGUCAUCGGCGAGCCCAACCGCUCAGCUAGCAUCCGCAUGUCCAACUACAACGGCAGCGCCAAGUCCUCAGAGAAGAAGGGCGAUGUACCUCAAGACGACGUCCGCGAACUCAUGAGCCUAAUCUCCGCCCUUCGUGGAUUCCCAUCACACCCCAGCAAGGAUGUAUAUGGCCUGGACACAAAGGUCGACUUGAACACAUUUGAGAUUCAGUGGAGUAACCAGGAUGAUGAUGCUGCGAUGGAGGGAGGGGAGCUUGCAGGUGAACAGAAGGACGAGUUCAAGAGGAUCGUGGAUAGCAUUGAGGCGCUUGCUAGGCAGUUCGCUAAGCAAGAUUCGGCCGUGUAGAUAAAUAGUUCCGAGCGAGGAGGUGGUUAAUGCGUUGAUAUCUUGCGAUCACUCUAAACACUUCUUGGUUUUCUUUUAGACUCAUCUCUCAAUCUCCACCCCAUACACUUCUCUUACACCUGAGUAUCAUGUCUGAGCUCUUCCCUCAUGUCCCAACUCAUACAUUGGCCGUUCAGAAGACAGCUCAUUUCUCCGAUGAUUCAGCCCAUCCACUUCAUAGCUCUGCACAGCUGGGAAUUGUACACCAGGCUUAGCCUCGGUAGGCGUUCCGUACUGCAAAAGUCCUCCACCCACUGGACUUUGAGGUGGCACGACCAAUCUCGCUUCCGCAAUCCGCCUCUUCCUAUUCUCCCAGAACAAUAAGCCAAGCGCGAUAAGCAGAGGUACACCAAGUCCAGCGGCGAUGCCGAUUUUCGACAUAUCUGUCUUAUAGUUGAUCUUCUUAUUGUUGCUCUCAGGAACAGCAGGGCAAAGCGAGGAAGAAGGCGAUGUAUCAGCAGGCGUUGUCUGAUUGAGCUCCCACGGCCUCUGAAUGAUAUAAUCGCUCGUCACAUUCCCCGCAAUCAGAAAUCUAGUGUUUCUACAGCAAUUCUCGGCGCCACCAUCCAACACGCCGCAGCAAAAUUCCCAUCCGUCGUACAGUUUACACACUGCUAUGUCGUAGCCCUCGCCAUUGCAAUAUUUCGGACAGAUACCCUUCCCAUUGGCGCCGUACUUCCAGUCUUUGAUGGUGCAGCUGCCAACGUAGAGGGUCGCGAAUUGGCUGAGGCAUAGCGUGUCGCCAAUGCAUGUAUCGGUUGUGGAGCAGCAGUGCGAGAUCUCUUGCGUGGUUGGGGAAAUGCAGGGGCGGUGGCCUUUGGCGAUGUUGUUGGAUGUAUCGUAGCAGACGCGGUUAUCGAUUUGACCAAGUACAAGCGAGGUUUUGUAUAUGAAGAGAAGGAUGGACGAUCUGGUGCGGCGCAUGGUGGGUAUGGUGGAGAGAUGUGCUAGAACUGACGUCUAGCAUGCGCUACCACGAUAUCGAAUGGGGCGAAGUCAAAACUUGGGGUAAUAUGCAGACAAAAGUGGCUUCCAUGGGGUAUAUAUGAGAGAUUCUCCGUAGGAUUGCAAUCUUUAAGCGCUGGCUGGUGCAUUUACGCUCCAGGGCCCGCCCGCGCCUACCAAGCUUUUCUCCUUGACAAUGGAUUGUUCCACUUGGUGAUCUACUAUGAGAAAAGACAGCAAUGAGAAGGUAGAUGAAGAAAUCAUACCCUCGGAGAAUAUGUAUUCGUUGUCGUCAAGAUUUUGCUCCU